AUGGAUAAUGCAUCGUAUUUCUCUUCUGAAGAAUUGACUAUGUGCUAUUAUGAACAUCAAAUCUCUCUUUCACAUUCGUCCGAUUACUUUCCGCAAGGUAAUGGGUUACCAGAAUCAAGCAACAAGAACUUGAUAGCCAUCAUGAAGAAGUUAGAUGAUGAUAAUGCCCGGAACUGGCAUAAAAAGGUAUAUGAAACCUUAUGGACGGAUAGAAUUACUCCUAAAAGAGCAAUUAGAAUGGCACCUUAUGAACUAGUGUAUGGGAUUGGCGCGAAGGUUUCUUUACCUCUGGAAUUAGCAGCAAUGAGACUUCAAACAGUAAUUGAGGACUCCUUCUUCCAAAAUGAUCUGGAGAAGAGAGUCAUGUAUUUGAUGAAGUUGGAAGAGGAAAGAGAGAUGUUAGUGGAUAGAAUUACUAAGCAUCAGAACAGGGUGAAGAAAAUAUUUGAUAUGAGAGCUCGACCAAGAGGUUUUCGAAAAGGAGAUGAAGUACUGUUGUGGGAUAAGAGAAGAGAACCAAAGAGCGCCCAUGGAAAAUUUGAUUCAUUCUGGAAAGGUUCGUUCAAGAUCAAUGAAGUAUUAGGACCAAAUGCAUUCAGACUGAAUUAUUCUGAUGGAAUGGUUAUGCCCUAUACCUAUAAUGGGUAG